AUGUCAGGGACAGAUUCAAAUCCUGCCUAUAAGCAGAGCCGGAGUAUGUCGAUAUGUGCUCCAGGCUCCUCUAUGGAAGCGGUUCUCACAGCCCCUUCGGGUUCGAACACACCCGAAGGUUCCAGCACACCUAACAGAAGACGUAGGCCCGCAACUCGCACCCAAAGUGCCCGAAUGACGGGUCCCCGUUCUGUAAGGCGAAAACAGCAAUCUUCACAUCAACUUCAGGAGCCCCUUCAGAGGAACCUUUAUAGCAGUGAACCGAGGCUCACUGAAACCGAGACCCCUCCUCAAAGAAGAAGGGGCUCCACUAGAAGGGUUCAACACGGAUAUGGUUACCCAGCAACUCAAAGAAAAUCAGCAGCAUUUCUGGACGUACCAGGAGCUGGUGGAGGUGGAGAGGAAGAUGAAGACAAUUAUAGGCUGAGGUCCUUCAGUAUCACCAAAGGAG